GAGACAGCGAGCAGGCGGCAGUGGUUCAUUCUGCAGUGGCCAUAGCGAAAAUCUGUCUUCUCUGCAAAGUCCCUAGGGAUGCAAACUCUAUACAACGGAUUUUAUAGGUAUUCAGUUGAUUGCCUACCAAACGAAACAUAUAUUGCCUGAGAAAGAAUCUGCAUACAAAAUAUGAGUUCCCCACGUGGCCACCCUGUCCUGUAACCAAUGGCAACAUCGGUCCAGACCCUUCCUCUGAGCCGUGACCCCAGCAAGACAUUCCGUGACCCCUACUCGACCCCUACCCGGCCCACAGCCCUACUGGCCCGGUGCAGUAUGGGUAGUGUAGGCAGCCUAGUUGAGCACCCGGACGCGUCCCCAGCUAAAGGCAGCCGGGCCGUGCCCCAGGUGGGACCCAGACAGACCAACAGGUUAUUAAAGAAAGGCUUCAACCAGAGAGAGCUGCUCAACUACCUCAACAUCACCAGGAAAGAGGCCAAAGCGGGUAGCGGCCCAGGCAGCAGUAGGAAGGCAGGCAGCAUCUUCUCCAGCAUGCAGUCCAUGAACAGAGAGCAUGGACAUGAGGAGGAACACAUCAAGCUCUACUACAAAGACGGAACUGAGGUGGACGUAUCAAAGAACUCACUGCCCAUUGGAGGGAAAUAUGAGAAG